AUGUCCACGACGCUUCCAUUAUUCUGGCACUUGUCCUCAGCAAAGAAGAAGGAGCGGCUUGACGCGUCCGUGAAGCUUGUCGCCGCGCUCGAGCAUUUCCAGUCGCAGUUCGUGCCAAAAGACUCGCCGGAAACUUCAGAAGACGAGGACGAGGACGGAAACAAACCGAAGUCAGACGGCCUAAACCACCUCAAUGCCCAAGACGUUGCGUACUCAAUACGACGUCUUGUACGCGGUCUGGCCAGUCCAAGGGAGAGCAGUAGGAUCGGCUUUGCGGUCGCCUUGACGGAGCUGUUGUCCAGGAUAGACACUGUGACAUGCUCUCAGAUCGUCCUACUCGUCCUCGACUCGUCAAAAACCCAGGGCUCCAUGACCGGCCAGGAAGAACGGGACGUAUUCUUUGCCCGUCUGUUUGGUCUCACCGCUGUUAUUCAGUCUGGUCUCCUGCUGCGCGAAACGACACUGCCCUCUUCGUCGACUGCUGCAUCGGAUCUGGAGGGCUACACGGAGGUUAUCACUGAGCUGCUCGCGCUCGGAGAGAAGAAGUCUUGGCUGCGCGAGAGCGCCUGGUGGUCCAUCGGUCUCGCGGCAGAUGCCUUGGCAGCGUCUGCAGUUUCCUGGAAGGGCGAAGCGGUGGACGCGACAAUCUCCGCGUUAUACUCGGAGACCAAGGCGUGGACGCCCGAAAAGGUCGCGCUCACGCUUAAACUACAAGCCGCCUACCCUUCUCGCGAGUGGAAGAAGCUGCUGGCGCCGACGUUCAAGAACCCUGAUCUGCUCAGCACGGGGAAUCUCUCGACGCUCGCCCGGAUAUUGAAGGAAUCCGAUGCAGACGAGGACCAGGAGACAGAUGUGCCGAAAUCGGGCUCAUGGAAGCCGCAGCUGCACUUCGUUUGGGACGUGCUCCUCGAUCAGCUCCUCUCCAAGGACGGUAGCGCUCGCGCGUCCAAAGGCACCUUCCCAGAAUUUUUCCGGAUCGUCGUUGAUGAAUCUCUGUUCGCUUCGACGUCUUCGCCCGAGCGGAAAUACUGGGGCUUCCAGGUGUUCCAGAGGGCGCUGCCCCGCGUUACCGCAGAUGACAUGCCCAUGCUGUUCACGAAAAAUUUCAUGCGCUCAUGGAUCAAUCACCUAUCGAACAGCGACCGCUAUCUGCACAAGGCAGCCAGGCAAGUGGUAGCAGACAUCCAGAACGCAGUCAAGGGGGACCCCCGCAUUGGGUUCUCGCUGAUCCUGCAGCUGACGGGCGGCAACGGGAGCCGGCAGUUCGACAAGCUGACGAAGACGAAGACGGUUGAGUCUAUCCUUACGUCAAUGGACGAGGAGGGCAUUCAGAGCUACAUCGACUUCCUGCUCGAGCAGGUCGACGAUGGACCCUCUUCCGAGACGGCGGACAUCCAAGCUCUCAACACGCGCCGGGCGUGGGUUAUCGAGCAGCUGGCCUCGCUCAUCCGCAACGGGGCGAUUCCUAAGAGCGACGCGUGGAUUCAGACGAUCCUCGAUUGGCUGGCCGUGCAUGGUCUGUUCAUCGUCUCCAAGAAGUCGGAGAAGAGCGUUAUUCUUGCCCUGCGCAGCGUUCCCGCCCCUGCGUUCUCGGAGGAAUUGCGGAAGAUCUGCCGCGAUCGCCUACUCGCGUGUCUGGCCGAGUUGACGGUACAGACGACGCUCGUGAAGGAUGAGAGCAAGACGGCGAAAGUCGCAGGGGUGGCAUCUGACGGAAGGUUGUGGGUGUCGAGACUACUCUCGACGAUCCAGCAGCUUGAGAAAGACACGAAGCACGUCCGCCCGCUCUCGGAGGUCGAUGAAGAGGAGACAGAACUGCGCCAGAAGGCCCACCAGAUUCUGGCCCGCCUCAAGGACGCGCCCGAGGAUCAGCGUGAGGCCGCAAAGGGUAUUGAGCUGUUGCUCUCGUCGACGCUCCUCCAUCAAUACUGCGUGGACGAAGAUGAUGCGGACACAGACGCCCUGGAGAGCUGCCUCGACGGCGCUUCGCGCAUGUUCCCCGCCGAGGCCAAGAAGAGCAAGAAGUCGCGCAAGUCAAUGGGCGAAGACAAAGGCAAGGAGAAGGAGCUUCCUGCGCCGAUCGACGUUCUCGCCGACACGGUCAUUGGCUUCCUCGAGAAGGGCACCGCGUACAUGCGGGCGGUGGCCAAUCAGGUCUUCUCGCUGCUAUCGGGCGCGGUGCAGGAGAGCACGAUUGAUCUCAUUCUCACCCAAUUGGAGCGGCGCGAUCCCGAGGAGCUGAUGGCAGACGAGGACGAGGACGUCGACAUGGACGACGAUGAGGAACAGGAAGACGGCGAGGGAGAGGAUGACGAAUCGUCCUCGUCAUCGGAAGGCAACGAAGACGAUGACGAAGAGGAGGAAGGGGACGAAGAGGCGGAUCUAGAGCUCCGGCGCAAGAUCGAGGAAGCGCUGCGUGUCAACGGAAUCUCAGCGGCGACGGGCGACUCCGACGACGAAUCGGAAGAGGAUCUGAUGGACGACGACCAGAUGCUCGCCAUUGACGAGCAGCUGGCCGCGGCCUUCAGGGCCCGUGCCAGCGGGAAGGGGCACCGAAAAGACACCGACGCGCAACGGGAGGCCACUCACUUCAAGAACCGCGUGCUAGACCUCAUCGACAUAUUCGUGAAGAAGCAGUCAACUAGCCCACUCAUCAUCCGUCUUAUCCUGCCUCUGAUUGAGCUGACUGUGGCGACGGGUCCGGAUGAGAAACAGCUUGCGGACAAGGCGACCGGUAUCCUGCGAAGCAGGAUUGGCAAAUCCAAGGAUGUUCCCACCUCGGUGCCGAAGGAGGACGCCGCGAAGACGCUGGAGGAGCUGCACACGCUCGCCAGGAAGGCGUCAACGCCUGAGGUCUUGACCACCCUCAACCAGUGCAGCAUCUACCUGUCCAGGGUUCUCUUGCAUCACGAUGCUUCCGAACCUGUCUUGAAGGCCUAUCGGGAGUCGCUCACGGACUUCGUGUCGCGCAAGGCAUCGCGUCUCAACCCGACAUUCGUCGGCGACUUUGUGAAGCGGUAUCCCCAAGCUGCGUGGAGUAUUCGGGACGACUUUGUCCAAGCCCCCGGAGUUGCCCUCAAUGGCUUCCGUCAAGCGCAAGCCUUCCACUUCAUCAACACGCUGGUCAACCAGCUGCAGGCUCUGGGCGACCGCAAGCCGGAGAUACUGGAGUUCAUGCCCAAGCUGCGCCAAGCUAUCCUCGACACACUCUCCAAUGCGUGCACCAGCGAGUCAUCGCUGACGCCCGCGCAUGCUAAGGAGAUCCUCAAGCUCGCUCUCACCUCUGUCCGUCAGACAAAGCGAUUCACUGCGACCGUCGAAGAAGCCGCGUCGAUCUGGGAGCCUUCGAAAUGGACAGACCUUUCCGCGACGCUCGCCGCCAGCGAGCGCUUCAAGUCCGCAGUCGGGCUGCAGGCGAUGUGUAAGCAAGUCGUUCAGCUACUACAAGAAAGCAGUACAGCAGGUGCGAAAGCAUCGGGCAAGGACAAAGCGGCGACGAAACGGAAAGCGGAGGCGGUGGCUGCGGAGGAGGAUGAGAUUGAGGGUACUGCUGCGCCCGCCAAGCGGGCGAAGCACAAAAAGGCGCGGAAGGAGAAGAGCGGCUAACUGCUCGAUGUACCAGACCGGCCACUCGUACUAGUAGAUAUCGACUUCAGGAGAUAUUGCAGGUCGUUUACGGACAUGUGUCGCUCGACUUC